AUCCAAACACUUUUGUAAAGAAACAAAACACGGAUAGUGUUUAGGGAAAAAUUUUUUUUUAAAUAUAUUUUUGGAAAAUAUUAUUUAGUAAAAUUGGUCGAAAUGUUUGUAGGCGAAAAAGUAUUAAAAUUUUUAUUAAUUUGGUAUUUGUUAACGGGUUACUGUUGGGGUUUUGGUGAAUUUCAUAUGAAAAAGUAUACACCACGCGUGGACUCGAGUGAAGAGGAUAAUAGUGUUUUAAGAACUUAUCGCCGCUGCUUGUGGGAACAAUCAAAAUCCUUGCCAAGACGUUUGGUAUUGCUGAGUUUAUGCUCGAAUUUAUUUUGUGAAAAUAAUCAAAUCGUUCCCCGAUCCAGGUCUAUUUUUGUAGUGGAAAAAAUGACUAGACACAAUGACUGCCUAGAUAUUUUACCCGAUCAAUGCAAACAGGGCGAUGAGGAGGAAUUAAUGUAUAAACCAUUUCCGGAUUGCUGUCCGGUCUAUUGUAAUCUAAAGCGUCGCAUGAAUCGUUUGAAAACUAUGCAUUACCGACAUCGUAUGCUAUUGAAUAUGCAGCGUCAACAGGCGGCAGGGGCCACUAAUUUGCUGCUUAAUGAGUACGGUUUGGAUAGUAUGUAAAGGGGUGUAAGGAGAAGACAUUUAACUAAUGAGUGCAAAAGAAAUGUUAAUUAAAUUGUUAAAUU